GUGGGGGGGUUGUUAAAAAAUAAAUAUAAGGGCGGCCAUCUUUGUUUCUCUGCCUUGUAGUGUAAAAUAUUCCAAAACGCCCCCCACUUUUUGUGUGUCCAUUUGAAUAUUAAAUAAAUAUCAUAAUUCGGACGGAAUACACUUUUGGAUCUCGCGGAACGGGGUCACCAGCGGGAAUAUAAUGUCCUCUCUUCUCCGUUCUUGUGAGGAAGAUGAGGGCACGGCGGUUAAUUCCGAGGGAGGAGAUUUUGAUGAAGAAGAAGAAGACGACGGAGACCUGGACGAGAACGCAAGCGACAUAAACUCGCCGGCGGCGCCUCGAGAAACUGCAGCAAGAGCCGCGCCAGAUGAUGGAGACGACAUUGGUGAGACAUCAGACAGGGACAACCUGGGAAAAAAGAAACGAGGCCCUAAGAAAAAGAAAGAGACGAAGAAGAAAGACAAGGACAAGGAGGGGAAGAUGACCAAAGCGCGCAAGCGCAAAAAAAUAGACAGUGACAUAGAGAGAGACUCAGAGCCGGACUAUGCCAUGAAUUCUGACAGUGCUGCCAGCGAUUACGGAGGGGAGAAGAAAAAGAAGAAGAAACACAAGGAUAAAAAAGAGAAGAAAACCAAGAAAAAGAAGAAAGAGGAUGAAGACAGCACACACGAAGAGACCACAAAGCCGGUAGAGAUGAAAACAUCAGCCCAGCUGGCUAGAGAGUGGGGGCUGGAAGAUGUCAAUCACACAUUCACAGAAGAAGAUUACCGCACGCUAACCAACUACAAGGCCUUCAGCCAGUUCAUGAGACCCAUGAUUGCUAAGAAGAACCCUAAAAUCCCCAUGUCCAAGAUGAUGACCAUUCUGGGGGCCAAAUGGCGUGAGUUCAGCUCCAAUAAUCCGUUCAAAGGCUCGGCCGCAGCCGUCGCUGCCGUAGCCGCCGCCGCCGCAUUAGCCGUUGCUGAGCAGGUCUCGGCAGCAUCAGCCUCACCUGAACCCCCACCUCAGCCACCGCCACUUCGCAAGGCCAAGACCAAAGAGGGCAAAGGCCCUGGCUACAAGAAACGCAGCAAGAGUCCUCGUGUCUCAGACAAGAAGAAGCCAAAACCCAAGAAAAUGGCUCCUCUGCGCAUUAAACUGGGAGCACUUGGUAACAAGAGGAAGAAGAGCAGUUCGAGUGAGGAGGUGGAUGAGGACGACUCUGAGCAGGAGAACUCCAGCGUUCAUAGCUCUUCAGUCCGAUCUGACAGCUCGGGACGGGUCAAGAAGAACAAAAGGGGUCGUCCGGCGAAGAAGAAGAAGAAGGUGCUGGGUGAUGAGGAUGGCGAUGGCUAUGAGACUGACCAUCAGGACUACUGCGAGGUGUGUCAGCAGGGAGGAGAGAUCAUCCUGUGUGAUACCUGUCCUCGAGCGUACCACCUGGUGUGCCUCGAGCCUGAGCUGGAGAAAGCGCCCGAGGGCAAGUGGAGCUGCCCUCACUGUGAGAAGGAAGGGAUCCAGUGGGAAGCAAAGGAAGAAGACUUUGAGGACUUUGAAGAGGAGUGUGACGAUGUCCGGGAUGUGGAGGCAGGGCUGGGUGGAGAGGAAGAGGAGGAUGAUCACAUGGAGUUCUGUCGCGUGUGUAAAGAUGGAGGAGAGCUGCUGUGCUGUGACUCCUGCACGUCGUCCUAUCACAUCCACUGCCUGAACCCCCCACUGCCCGAGAUCCCCAACGGAGAGUGGCUCUGUCCACGCUGCACUUGUCCACCAAUCAAAGGGCGAGUGCAAAAAAUUCUGCACUGGCGAUGGGGUGAUCCCCCACCCCCAGUUCCUGUCCCUCCACCCCCAGACGCACCCCCCGAUGCCCCGCCCCCCCCGCCCAUGAAGGGUCGCCCAGAGAGAGAGUUCUUUGUGAAGCUAACGGGACAGUCCUACUGGCACUGCACCUGGAUCACAGAGCUACAGCUCGAGAUCUUCCACUCUGUGAUGUUCCGCAACUACCAGAGGAAAACGGAUAUGGACGAGCCGCCCAGUCUGGACUACGGCUCUGGGGGAGAGGAGGAUUCUGGGAAGAGUGAAAAGCGGAGGGCCAAAGACCCUCAAUAUGCCAUUCUGGAGGAGAAGUACUAUCGAUAUGGCAUCAAGCCGGAAUGGAUGAUUGUUCACAGGAUAAUCAAUCAUAGCAUGGAUAAAAAGAGCAUCUACCACUACCUGGUUAAAUGGAGAGAUCUGACCUAUGACCAGUGCACCUGGGAGAGAGAUGAGCUGGACAUCCCUGAGUUUAGUGGGCACAAAACGGCGUACUGGAGACACAGGGAGGAAGUGAUGAAGGAAGACCCAGAGAAGCCAAGGAGGAUGAGGAGGAGAGAGGAGAAUGAUGAAGCUCCAAGCACGCCUGUUAAUGAUCCCACAAUCAAGUAUGAAGAGCAGCCAGACUUCGUGACAGAGACAGGAGGGACGCUGCACCUCUACCAGCUGGAGGGCCUGAACUGGCUGCGCUUCUCCUGGGCUCAGGGCACCGACACCAUCCUGGCUGAUGAAAUGGGCUUGGGCAAGACCAUCCAGACCAUUGUCUUCCUCUACUCACUGUUUAAAGAGGGUCACACUAAAGGGCCAUUCCUGGUGAGCGCACCGCUCUCCACAAUCAUUAACUGGGAGAGGGAGUUUGAGAUGUGGGCUCCCGACUUCUAUGUUGUCACCUACACCGGAGACAAGGACAGCCGGGCCAUCAUCCGCGAGAACGAGUUCACUUUCGACGACACAGCGGUGAAUCGAGGAAAGAAAGCCUUCAAAUUACGGAGAGAAGCGCCCAUUAAGUUCCAUGUGUUGUUGACGUCCUAUGAGCUUGUGACUAUAGACCAGAACGUUCUCAAGUCCAUUGACUGGGCCUGUCUUGUAGUGGAUGAAGCCCACCGUCUCAAAAACAACCAGUCCAAGUUCUUCAGGAGACUGAAUGACUACAAGAUAGACCACAAGCUGCUGCUAACGGGAACGCCACUCCAGAAUAACCUGGAAGAACUUUUCCACCUGCUCAACUUCCUGACGCCCAACCGCUUCAACAAUCUAGAGGGUUUUCUAGAGGAAUUUGCGGACAUCUCUAAAGAGGACCAGAUCAAGAAACUGCACGACCUGCUCGGCCCACACAUGCUCCGGAGACUCAAAGCUGACGUGUUUAAGAACAUGCCAGCCAAAACUGAGCUGAUCGUCCGAGUGGAGCUCAGCCCCAUGCAGAAAAAGUACUACAAGUUCAUUCUGACGCGUAACUUUGAGGCGCUGAAUUCAAAGGGAGGAGGGAACCAGGUGUCUCUGCUCAACAUUAUGAUGGACCUAAAAAAGUGCUGCAACCACCCCUACCUCUUCCCCGUCGCUUCUGCCGAAGCUCCCAAAACACCAAGUGGAGCGUAUGAAGGUGUCGGUCUCACAAAGGCCUCUGGGAAACUCACGCUGCUGCAGAAAAUGCUCAGAAAACUGAAAGAACAAGGCCACCGAGUGCUGGUGUUCUCUCAGAUGACCAAGAUGCUGGAUUUGCUGGAGGAUUUCUUGGAUUAUGAGGGUUAUAAAUAUGAGCGAAUUGAUGGAGGCGUUACUGGAGCUCUCCGGCAGGAAGCCAUCGACAGAUUCAACGCUCCUGGAGCGUGUCAGUUUUGUUUUCUUCUCUCUACACGUGCGGGUGGCCUGGGCAUCAACUUGGCCACUGCGGACACAGUCGUAAUCUUUGACUCUGACUGGAAUCCCCACAAUGACAUUCAGGCCUUCAGUCGAGCUCACCGCAUUGGUCAGGCCAAUAAAGUGAUGAUUUACCGGUUUGUGACCCGGGCUUCGGUCGAGGAACGGAUCACUCAGGUGGCCAAAAGGAAGAUGAUGCUCACACACUUGGUGGUGCGGCCCGGUCUGGGCUCAAAAGCCGGAUCUAUGUCUAAGCAAGAGCUGGACGACAUCCUCAAGUUUGGCACUGAGGAGCUUUUCAAGGAUGAGAUUGAGGCAGGGGACAAUAAGGAUGAUGAUGGCAGUGUAAUUCACUACGACAACGCCGCCAUCGAGCGUCUGCUAGACCGCAGCCAGGACGCCACAGAUGACUCUGACAUGCAGAACAUGAACGAGUAUCUGAGCUCCUUCAAGGUGGCCCAGUACAAUGUCAGAGAAGACGACAAGAUAGAAGAGAUCGAGAGAGAGAUCAUUAAGCAGGAAGAGAACGUGGAUCCUGAUUACUGGGAGAAACUCUUGAGGCAUCACUACGAACAGCAGCAGGAAGAUCUGGCCCGCAAUCUUGGCAAAGGAAAAAGAGUCCGCAAACAGGUCAACUACAAUGAUGCAGCUCAGGAGGACCAAGAGUGGCAUGCUGACAUUUCAGAUAACCAGUCCGAAUACUCUGUGGGCUCAGAGGAGGAGGAUGAGGACUUUGAUGAGAGACCUGAGGGUCGCAGACAGUCACGCAGGCAGCUCAGAAACGAAAAGGAUAAACCACUUCCACCCCUGUUGGCCAGAGUGGGUGGCAACAUUGAGGUAUUGGGCUUUAACACGCGCCAGAGAAAAGCCUUCCUGAAUGCCGUCAUGCGAUGGGGGAUGCCCGCUCAGGACGCCUUCACCUGCCAAUGGCUCGUGCGAGACCUCCGUGGCAAGAGCGAGAAAGAGUUCAAGGCGUACGUAUCUCUCUUCAUGAGGCACCUCUGUGAGCCGGUGGCUGACGGUUCGGAGACGUUCGCUGACGGUGUCCCGCGUGAGGGGCUCUGCAGGCAGCCGGUUCUCACGCGUAUAGGGGUCAUGUCUCUGGUUAAGAAAAAGGUGCAAGAGUUUGAGCACAUCAACGGUAAAUGGAGCAUGCCUGAACUAAAGCCAGAGAUUACUGUGGACUCCAAGAAAUCUUCAAGAGCCUCUUCUCCUGCCAUUAAGACAGACACUCCCACACCUGAGCUGAGCUGUAAUAACACACCGUGCACCUCCAAACCAGCCACUCCCUCUCCACUCGACAAGACAGAAAAGAGCGCGAAAGAGGUGGAGAAAGAUGAGUGCGAGUCCCAGACAGAACCAGAGAGAGAGAGAGAGAAGGAAAAAGUAAAAGAAGGAAAGGAGGGGGAGAGUGUGGAAGGCACAGAACAUGGAGAGACUUCCGCCACUGUGGAAGAGAGUGAGAAAGAUCCAGCAACCAGUGAAAAAGCUCAGACAUCUGAAAGUCCAACCAGAGCCUCCGAUGACUCAAAAACGAAAGAAAAUCCUGAUAUUUCUCAGUCUUCUCCGAAUGAAAAGAGUGAGAGAGAAAAACAAGACGAGGAGAGCACUGAAAAAGACGCCUCCCCAGAGAAAACGUCUGAUUCCCCGUCCGUUAAAGAUGAGAGCAGAGAGGCUCUGAAAGGGGACAAGGGAGAGAAAAGAGAGAAGACUGGAGAAGAGAAAGAGAAGAGUGAAGUGACGACUCCUCCUACAGAAACAACAGAAAAGAAAGAGAAGUUGGAUCAAUCUUCUGAUGUCAAAAAAGAGGAGGUGAAGGGUGAAAGGGAUGCUGGGAAGGAGGGCAGAGGUCAGAGGGAGGAAGUGCCCAAAGGUAACGGCAAACCCACAGAGCGCCCACGGUUUAUGUUCAACAUCGCAGAUGGAGGAUUCACAGAGCUUCACACUCUUUGGCAGAACGAGGAGCGGGCGGCCAUUUCAUCAGGCAAGAUCAAUGAGAUCUGGCACCGGCGACACGACUUCUGGCUGCUGGCAGGCAUCGUGUGCCAUGGCUACGCCCGGUGGCAGGACAUUCAGAACGACCCUCAGUUCGCCAUCGUCAACGAACCUUUCAAAACUCAAGCCAACAAGGGAAACUUCUUAGAGAUGAAAAACAAGUUCCUGGCCAGACGGUUUAAGUUGCUGGAGCAGGCCCUGGUGAUAGAGGAGCAGUUGCGUCGGGCUGCGUACCUCAACAUGACCCAGGACCCCACUCACCCGGCCAUGGCCCUGAACGCCCGUUUUGCCGAGGUUGAAUGUCUAGCUGAGUCACAUCAGCAUCUCAGCAAGGAGUCGCUUGCUGGAAACAAACCUGCCAAUGCUGUCUUGCAUAAGGUUCUUAACCAACUGGAGGAGCUUCUGAGUGACAUGAAGGCAGACGUGACGCGGCUCCCGGCCACACUCUCCAGAGUCCCUCCGAUCACGGCCCGCCUGCAGAUGUCGGAGAGGAGCAUCCUCAGCAGACUGGCCAACAAAGGCAACGAGACACACACCCCGCCGCCUAUUCCUUCAGGCCCGUAUGCCACGCCACAGAACUUCGGCCAUCCCUUCACACCUGCACCUUCAGCGGCUCUCACUCUAGCUGGGGCCAACUACGGCCAGAUGCCCCCUGGCUCCUUCAUAUCAGUGUUGAAUGGACCCCCCAUGUCGGUAAAGAAAGAGAGGGAGGUAGAGUUUCUGAUGGCACGGCGGGAACAACGCAGCGGGGAGGUGAUCUGCAUCGACGACUGAAUCCAGCACCUCUCUAACCACACACACACACACACACACACACUGACUCAGUCAAAGGACGUCUGCAUGCAAACGUAAACACGACUAUUCCUGAAUGCACACAUGCAGUUUGACGAAUGAACAGACUACCCUCAGUAUCACAGCAGCACUUUCACCACACCUCGAGUUACAGCUACUCUGAAUUCAGCAGAGCUUACGCUCGCCUUUGGUUACUUCCUCACGAAUACAUAUGUGCGCACAUACACACACAAACAUUUUAUUUCCUCUCCUCUCAUAGCUAUCUGUCUCAAAUCAGCCUCACACGUUCAUCCGAAGUCCCGUAAUCUCGCCAGCGCCCGUCAACACAGACAUGAAGCUGCAUGUAUGUGGAAUAGCUUCACAUCACCCGCAGUGAUUCGUUUUUUUCGACAGCAUGCAACUCACGGUCCACGGUUUAGUCAAGAUAAAUGCCUGUGCAUCGAGCUGUGCCUACUCUAGCAUAGUGCAGUCUUUCAAGAAAACCCUCAUCGUAAGCUAGCGUGACAGUUCUGAAGCGCCAUGAACCAUAAAGCAAUCUUUAGUGCCCCUAUUAUGCUUUUUCGAAUAUCACUUUUCAUGCAGUGUGUAAUAUAACUGCUUUUGAAUGUAAAAGAUUUGCAAAGUUUUAUGCACGACAAAUAAAGUGAUUGUCUCCUAAAAGAAAGAAUCGA